AUGAACACAAAAUUUAAGACAUCUGCUGAAGCUCUUCCACACUCACUAGGAAUAAAUGUUGUUCUUCCACUUGGUCCCAGAUCAGCAGUGCCUCCAGCGAGCAGAAGACCAAACAGUAUUGAGAGAAGAAUAUUCAAGAGAACAUUAUCAACAGAAGGGGCAAUUGCUUCUGUAAGUGCUACUAAAACCAGACCACCACCUGGCAGUGCUAAUGUACGGAGACUUUCAGAAAGGAGAAAAUCACAACCUGAAAGUCAAGACUCAAGGCAGGAUGUCAAAUUCCUAGAUAUUGGAGAUACAGCUCUACGAUCCAACAGUUCCAAGCAAAGAAAGAAAGGACUUUCCACAAGUGAUAUAUUAAAGCUGUGCCUGGAGGAAGACCCAAACAGAGUUUUUGAAGUCAGUCUCCAUGGCAAAGGGUUAACCUCAACCCCUGACCUCGAGAAGUUUCACAAGCUGAGGAUUUUGGAUGUAUCGGGCAAUUAUAUCCAGAAAAUAUCUGGCUUGGGAUCGAAUAAGGAUCUCAGGGAGCUCAAAAUAUAUGAUAAUGAUAUCACAGAAAUCGAUGGACUAGGAAACUUGAAAGAAUUAUGUCACCUGCAGCUACAGCAUAAUAAAAUUGGCACAAUUGGCCGAGGACUGUGCAACCUGAAGAAGCUACAGUGUCUGCGUCUCGAUAGUAAUCAAAUAAGCAAGCUUGAAAUACCUGAACUUGUUAGCUGUUCUAAUAUCACAUCACUCGACUUGAGCCACAAUCGGCUGGAAACUCUAGCGCCACUGAGCUACUUACCCAACCUUAGCGAACUAUUUGCCUCUGGAAAUAGAAUAAAGAACACUGGUGACUUAACUAAGUGCAAGAAGCUACAGGAAGUUGACCUCUCCAGGAAUCAGAUAUCUGACCUUUCAGGUCUUGCUAACCUGCCAAACUUACAGAUAUUGGAUGUCUCCCAUAAUCUGAUAAAAACUUUGAAUUCUCUUAUAAAAUUAAGAUCUCUGGAGGAGCUGAACAUUAACACUAACUAUGUGAAAGUACUAUCCUGUGUUGCCAGUUUGUUUCCCAGCCUCCAAGUGUUGCUUGCCUGCGACAACCAGAUCUCUAGCUGGGAUGAAAUUGGCACUUUGUCAGGCUGCUUGGAUCUGGUAGAGCUAUAUGUUGAGCACAAUCCCUUCACAAUGUCUGAUGGGGAGAUGCCUGACUACCAUCAUUUUUUAGCUGAAGUGCUAACUGGACUAGAAGUCAUUGAUGGGGUUACAUUGAAAAAGUCUGAUGUCAAACAAGAUGGUGUUCCCCUCAUGAGACCAAUGUCUGCCUCAAGCAUGAUCACUGUCCGGCAGCUGGACUCCCAGCUGAAAGCAGCCUCAGAUGAACAGGGAACCUUGAUGAAGUCUAUCAAUGAAAGGUUUGAUGCACUGAAGAUGUUGAUGGACAGUUUACCAUCUGAACCACCAAGAUCUCAAACUGCAGAAUCUACCAACACUUCAACAGGCAGCAGAUGCAGUAGUCGUUCAAGACUCAAGGAAGCCAAGAAUUUUGCUGCAAUGAACUUCCAUGGCAUCGAAGGAGAAGGCCCAGUGUGA